CAUUGUAGUUAACUCUCCUGGUUGUCAAUAGUGGUGGUCAAAAGGAAUUUAUACUGCAAGUAUUUCAAUAACAAAGGGAAAUUGUUUCACUGACAUACAUAAUAUUAAAUUUGAAACUAAUAAAAUGGAUAAAACUACAUAAGAAUAACUGAAACUCACCUUGGUUUAAAUAAAACGAAGAGGAUGUUGUGAUUGCAAUUUUUGAGGUUAAAUUAAAAACUGAAAUUAUGGACGAAGAUUACGUGGAAAAAUCAUUUACCUUUAAAUUUCCAACAUGUACCACAAAUCAAGAAUAUAAAUUGGAAAUUCCUUUACGAAUUCCAUUUUUAGGUUCAAUAAAGGAACUUGUUCAUCGUGCCAUGCUUGCAUUUAAACUGCCGUCUUAUAUUGAAAAAGAUUUAUUUGAAUCGCUUGAAAGUACUGUGAAUAGCUUAACAUUGAAAUUUCAUGAUGAGAUGGCUGAAAAAUGCAUUGAUGCAGCAGUACAAGGUGAUUUAGAUGUCGAGGAAAUUAUUAAAAAUUGGGAGAAAAUCUAUAAACAAAAAACUGUAGAAUACGCUGAACCCUUGGGAACAACAGAUGAAGAGUUAUUUGCUGCUGCUUAUCAUCGACUUGUGCAUUCGCCUUCUUUAGAACCAAUUUUACAAGCUGAACAUAAAUAUGGAGGUGAUGUGACGAAAGUGACUCAAAUGAGAGAUGCUGCUCAGGAGCAAUUGACAAGAAAACAAACCGAAGAAAUGUGUAUAGCUGUAGAGACACUGGAAAGUGGCUCUACCGAGAAAUCAAUUAACGAAAUGGCUGGUCGACAUUUUGAAGAGAUAAGUUUAUUGCAAGGCCAUUGGGGAUCUAAAAUUGAUGCACUAAAACUCGAACAAAAAAGGCAACAUCGAAAUUGGAUCAUGAGAUUAUUAGAGGAGCAACAAACAAGUAUGCUGUCUACUCCAGUGGAAUCACCUAUGGUAUCAAUUCCUCCUAUUAGACCAGGAUUGAAUAAUUUUUGUAGAAAUGAUGAAAAAAGUACGACAGAUUUUCCGCAAUUAGAAGAAAGUUUUACUAUACACUUGGGAUCCCAAAUGAAACAGAUGCAUAAUAUUCGUAUUUUAACCGGUGAUGUUUUAGAUUUUUGCCGAGUUAAACUUAAUGAUAGCGGUGUUGAUCCGACACCUCAACGACUUCAAACAGCAUUAGGAUUGUAUUCAAAUGAUUUGUGUGGAUUGGUACUUCUCAGUGAUAGUAACUUAGGAGUUUUUUCCGGAAUCACGAAAGAAUUAAGUUCAAUAUGUCAGCUCACUACGGAAUUUCAUUUUCCUCCAAUUGAUGAUCAAUUAGAAAAAAUUCGUGAUGAUGUCAAAGAAGCUGUUACAUGGAAACAAGAACACCAAAGAGAAGAAAGUGAAUCUCAGGUUAAAAAAUUAUCAAGUAAGGCACUACAAACGGGUGAUGUUUUUAUAACUCGACAUUCCAAUUUGGCACAAGUGCACGUUCUAUUUCACAUGGUGGUGAAUGAUUCUUUGAGAUCGGGUGACAUUAAUUCCAGACAUCCAGCUAUUUUAGGAUUAAGAAACAUUUUGAAAAAUGCUUGUUGCAAUGAUGUGACGACACUCACAAUUCCAGUAUUAUUAGUUCAUGAAAUGACAGAGGAUAUGACAGUUGCAUGGUGUACAAAAAGAGCAGAAUUAGUAUUUAAAUGUGUAAAAGGAUUUAUGAUAGAAAUGGCUUCGUGGGGUGGAGCAGAAUUAAAGAAUUUGCAAUUUUUAGUUCCAAAGGGAAUGUCUGAUGAAGUAUUUGGUACUUUAGCUAUUAUGCUUCCAAGCAUAUUUCGAGUAUCAAAUCCACUAGUUUUUAAAGCUACAAGUACUCCUCAAACUCCAAAAAAAUGACAGGUAAAAGAUGAAGAAAGAAAUUUUUUUAAAGUUUAUUGAAAAUUAAAUUUUCAAAAUGAAUGAAUUUUAAUCAUUUUUAUUGUAAUUAUUUAAAAGGAAAAUCUUUAAUAUUUUUUAGUACGUAUUGUAACUUUUUAACUUGUAAUUUUAAGGAGAUUAUGCGUUAGGGUAAAGAGAGCCUUAAAGGGAUGUCAAAUUCGUGUCAAUUUUUUUUUACUAUGAAAAAAUUUCAACGACUUCGACAUCUCCAUGAGAAAUCUUGUAAAUUUUCUAUAGAAAAAUGAACUAUUGAAAACGUGAAAAAAAAACAAAUGACAAACUUUUGAACUCGUAACUGAAUACAAGAAAGUAAUUUUUAAUUUUUGUAUUUUGAAAAUUAAAAUUUGAGUUCAAGAAUGUAUUACUUUUUUUUACUCUAAGUUUUAUAAGAUCGCUAAUUUAAUUCUUGAAGAA